GGGACAUUCCUUAUCUGUUCUGAAUCAGGGUGUGCUUGUUUUGGCCACCCUGAUUCUAUUCUGGAAUUGUUGCCUGCAAGUGCCUCAUAUGGUGUUCAGAAUCGAUAUCCUCAUGAAGCCUUGGUUAUUAAUCAUUACCAAGAAAUGGUGGAAAAGCUUAAUGGUCGAACCAUUUGCAGAAAUGCAACCGAGCCUGUUGAUUGGGAUAGAGGAGUACUGAGGGAUAAUUUGGCCGAGAAACCAUUUGACACAGGCAUUUAUAAACAAAUCAAAGCAAUACUAACAGGCCCUCCAAAGCAUCAACAGCAGCAGAAAAUAAACAUAAUAAAUCUGGUAAAUCGGGAAAAGCGUGUGAUUUCAAAGAAGUCAUUCAAUCCCUCUAAGAAGUUGAAUGAUAUGAAAAUAAAUAUGGCCUACUUGGAAUGGUACAAGAAAUGGUCUAAAGAUCAGAAAACUGGUUACUAUGAUGUCUACAAAAAAAAGUUGAAUGAAUGGGACAUUAAGGUUGAAGGGUUCAAGAAAGACCUCACAAAUUACUGGAUAGACAUGGUUAAAGAAGUAGAAACUAAGCCCCAGAAGGAAGGAGCCUCCUUACGGACUCGUUGGCUAGGUGCAGGAACAAACUACAGAAGGAUGGUUGAACCACUUGACAUCGCUGAGUACUACAAGGAAAACAAACUCAACUAUGAAACUCAAGGAAGAUCUCGUCAUUACAUCAGGUUGGAGGAAUGGCUGAAAGAAGAAAAUAAUUCAGAAAGCAAUCAGAAUAACUCAAAGAAGGAAAAUGUAGCUUCAAUUCUGACAAUAGAUUCAUGUUUCUGGGCAAAAGUUGAGGAAGCUAUCGUUUUAUGCAAUUUGUUGAAGACAGAAAAUUUUGGUGUUGAACAGAAAAAGAACAAGUUGAAAGAGUUUGAGAAGUACUUGUGGGGUUUGCUGAAGAACUAUCAAGUAUCCUCUGAAAUAUUCUUAAGGGGUAGCAGCUUCAUGAAAUGGUGGGAAGAUUACAAGAAAACUAUGGAAGGCUCCUCAACCUCACAACUCCACCACUUCAUGAACUCUCGAGCAUAUGAAGAAUAUGCUAAGGGUACCUGGUCUCCACCUAUCUAUGAUCUAAUAUUUUAAAUUUCAUAUCAGAGUAAAUCUUAUCUGCCACAGUAUAUUCCUGUCUCAGUCUCACCCUAUUGAUUUUGACGACUAUUUUACUCAGAUUUUACGCCAUGUUUGUGCCUGCAUCUUUGUUUGCUCAUGUAUUAAUUUUCACUUUCUUGCUUUUUGGACAUAAAUAAUACAUGUUUGUUAAUUUCCUUUCAA